AUGCCUGAAAUUGAACAAAGAUUAGAAAAUGAUGAUUUAAUUCCACUAUUUGGUUAUGAUCUUAUAAAACAUUGUUCAAAAAGAAAAGAUACAUUAAUUGCUUAUCCAAUUAAAAUAUGUAUUCAUCUAUUAGAAAAUAGUUUAAAUGAAGAAGAUCUUUUUUGUAUUGCACCAUUACAAGGAAAACAAAAAAAAAUUGUUGCUGAACUUAAUUUACAAACAAUUGAUAGAAGGACAACAUUAAAUGAACUUAAUUAUGAUCCACAUGUCUCUGCAAGUAUACUUAAACAAUAUUUAAGAGAACUUCCUGAUCGUUUACUUACAACUGCACUUUUACCACAAUGGAAUGAGAUUAUUUCACUAGGGUCAACACUUUUUUCUCUUUUUCUUAUUCAAUUAUCCUAA